GGGAUGAGAGUACUUGUAGAUGCCAGAGAAAAACUACAUAUUCCUUGGGAAGAGGCGUCAAAUCAGAAGCACGGAGAGUUGUUGAUGGCAUUUGACACACGAUCAGCCAUGGCAUCACAAGGAGUGGAUUCUGAGACUUUUUUAAAAUAUGCACCUGCUAUCAAGUCAUUAUGGGCAGAUAGUGGCAUCCAGAAUGCUUAUGACAGACGACGCGAGUUCCAAUUGGGUGAAUCUGUAAAAUAUUUUCUGGACAGUGUGGAUAGAUUGUCGGAAUGGGAUUAUCUUCCAUCGCAACAAGACAUCCUUCUGGCAAGAAAACCAACUAAAGGAAUUCACGAGUACGACUUUGAAAUUAGAAAUGUGCCUUUCAAGAUGGUCGAUGUAGGUGGCCAAAGAUCAGAGAGGAAAAGGUGGUUUGAGUGUUUUGACAGUGUGACAUCAAUCCUCUUUCUUGCUUCCUCCAGUGAGUUUGAUCAGGUCCUGAUGGAGGAUCGACAGACAAAUCGGCUUACAGAAUCACUAAACAUUUUUGAAACAAUAGUUAACAACAAAGUUUUCAGUAAUGUGUCUGUCAUUCUUUUCCUAAACAAAACAGACUUGCUUGAAGAGAAAGUUAAAAUUGUGAGCAUCAAGGACUAUUUCCCAGAAUUUGAAGGAGACCCUCACGACUUAAGCAAGGUCCAAAAUUUUUUGGUGUCAUGUUUUCGCAACAAACGCCGGGACCAGCAGCUGAAGCCUCUUUACUAUCAUUUUACCACUGCUAUUAAUACAGAGAACAUUCGUCUGGUUUUCCGUGAUGUCAAAGAUACCAUACUUCAUGACAACCUUAAACAGCUCAUGUUACAGUGAUAUACAUUGACUUUUGAAUAAUGCAGAUAACUUUCAUGGAUGCCAAAAUAAACAUUUCAUCAUUGGCUAGAAGAAAUGUAUACUUCAGAAGGACUUCCUGAAUUAUGAGCAGGGAGCCACUGGUCCGCAUUUUCACUGGUUACUACUAAAUAGGUGAUAAUUUCUUCCAUUAGGGAUUCAGGUUUUGCUGAGUAAUUCAGGCUAACAACGGAGUCUUUUAAAGAAUACUGAUUUCAGUGAAACAUUUGUUAUCCAAAAGGCCGUGACCUUUUUGUAAAUAUUUACUUUAUGGUUAACGCCCAUUUUGUUGCACGUGUGCAGAAUGUUUUCUAUUUAGGCAAGCUUUGUCUAAGCGGUAAACUUGCUGCAUAUAUCCCGCCUUCAUGUUUUUACUAAAUCAGAAUAUCUAACUUUAUUGAUUUUAGAAUUGUAAAAUUUUAAAGAAAUGUUUUUAUUUUAUGUUUACAGUAAACAUUUUGGUCUAGUACUAAAGUGGUGGCAGUACUUCUGUGAAUGCAGGUUAUGCAGAACUGAGAUUUGUGAACAGCAGAGCCACUUGCGUUUACAGUAUAUACUCUAUCGUUGGAUAAUUGUUGCCUAACAUGAUAGUUAUUGCUUGUGAGCUGUUAAAAGUUGUAGAACUACAGUGUCAGGCUGAAUGGUAAAGUUUGCAUGGAGAUGAAAAUAAUAAGGCCUUAAGUGCAGUGUAAUUUAUUUCUGCUUAUAUGGCAACAUCAGGGGUCCAAACUUCAACCUUAAAACUCAAGCAUGUCUGAAAUGCACUUUCAAAAUAAGAGGAACCACUUUGUGAACAUGAAUAGUUAUAAAUCAAAGCAUUUAGUACUUCAAACUUAAGAAUGAAUCCCCUAGAUAUUCUCAUUUAUUGUAGCAGCAUAGUGCAAAUCCAGAGCACCUUAAAGCCAAGCCUUUUUUCCUGUACUUCAGGAAGGUAAGCCAGUUUUAUUUACUAGUAAUGUGAGUGCUCAUAUAAAGUCUUUGUAACUUGAUGCUCUGCAUAUCUGCUGUAUGACCUCCCCCAUGUGUUUACAUUCUUAAUUCUUUAAGAACAGAAAUAUAGCCUUCCAAACAUGCUAAGGCCAAGAGGGCCUAAAAUUGAGAGCGCCAGUAAAUGAAAGUUUUAUGUAAGACUCAGUACUGAAAAUUGACGUUUUAACAUUGUAGCAUUUGAUUGUAAAGACCACUUUUUUGGGAGAGGGGACUGUUCAAGUGUAUUGUCCCAAUAUAUGUUCCUAAUGAUGCAAGAUUGUUUAGCAUUUCUGCCAGUAUUGAAAAUUAUUAAUUUAACAUAAAAGCAUUACUAAAAUGGGCUGGUUAUGCAAAUUAUUUGUAAGGUGCCUUGCAUUUUAGUAGACUUCAGCAAUAAUAAGUCAUUUUGAAAUUCAGUAAGAAUUCUAAUUGUAGAUUACUUGAAACACACUCAGUAUAAUAGAACUUUAAUUAUAGCAAUAGUGACAUAUAUCACAUUGUUGCCUACUGCAUACCUCUCUGAAAGUGCUAAAUUUUCAGCUUGCAGGUCAAACUUCAAGCCACUAAUGUAGGUAAACUGAAUUCCAAUGUUUUGUGCCAUCAUUUUUUUUUCUUAAACUGCAUACAUUAUCCCUUUAAAUGUCAUGUGCCUGAUAAAAAGAUGAUGUAAACUUAACCUCAUAGAUUGUUAACAUGUAUGUUCCCACAGCAUGCCUGUGUACCACAUGACUGAACAAUUCAUUUAACAAUGCCAAAGCUGCCCUAAAAACAAGCAACCUAUCUUAAGUAGGUAUUGCCCAUUUAACAGUAACUGAUGAAAUAAAUCUGGAAUUUGAUGA